AUGAUGUCCAAGAUUACAUUAUUAAGAGAGAAAGAGGUAUACCUCCGUUCUCUAGGGAAGAGACUCAAGCACAACGGAGAUCUUGCUCUUAAUGGACGCCAGGACACGCAAGCCGCAGUCACUAAUGGGAAUACACGAGCGGGAGAGCCUAAUACUAAGCUUGGAUAUGUUCUCCAUCUAGAAGGCACACUUGCAUUCAUGAUGAGCUUCUACGUCCAGGACCUUCACCGGACUCUGGCUAGCAAGGCAGCUGACCCCGGCAGCUGGGGAAGCUUACUUCCAUUGCUUGAUUUCUUACGGCGGAAAGAGGGCAGGGUGUUGCGGCCGCUGCACGCUGUGACUAUGCUGCUCCAGGUUAUCGCGUAUGACGAGAUAACCAAGGCCUAUACGACGCAGGACAACCCUAAGGAUGUGACUUUGCAGGAAUUUCUGAAGCAUAGACGGACUCGUGAGAAGAUUAUCCCCCAGCUACGCGAGUAUAAUGCGUCCAUCGACAGCUCUUUCCGCGCCAAUAUCACGCUUUUGACCACCGUCGAAGAUAUCGCCGAAGUUGUCCUGGGUAUCCUUCGCCGCUGGUGUGCUGACGAGGGAAUCGAUUACAAUGCGCAACUCAAUCUCCGUGAGGUCGGAGUGAAGAACAUCAUGGCUCGGGCACACCACUGA